AUGCAGAUCUUUGUCAAGACGCUCACGGGUAAAACCAUCACAUUGGAAGUCGAGUCUUCCGACACAAUCGAUAACGUCAAGGCCAAGAUCCAAGACAAGGAGGGUAUCCCCCCAGACCAACAACGUCUUAUCUUCGCUGGUAAGCAACUUGAAGAUGGCCGAACUCUGGCCGAUUACAAUAUUCAGAAGGAGUCCACCCUUCACUUGGUCCUCCGCCUCCGAGGAGGAAUGCAAAUCUUUGUCAAGACACUCACCGGCAAAACGAUCACUCUCGAAGUCGAGUCUUCGGACACCAUCGACAACGUCAAGGCCAAGAUCCAAGACAAGGAGGGCAUUCCCCCGGAUCAACAGCGAUUGAUCUUUGCUGGCAAGCAAUUGGAAGACGGCCGUACUCUGGCCGACUACAACAUUCAAAAGGAAUCCACCUUGCAUCUUGUCUUGCGACUCCGUGGUGGAAUGCAAAUUUUUGUAAAAACUCUGACAGGCAAGACCAUCACGUUGGAAGUCGAGUCCUCAGACACAAUUGAUAACGUAAAGGCCAAGAUUCAAGAUAAGGAGGGUAUUCCUCCGGACCAACAGCGAUUGAUCUUUGCCGGCAAACAGUUAGAAGAUGGACGUACGCUUGCUGAUUACAACAUUCAGAAAGAGUCCACACUCCACUUGGUCCUUCGUCUACGAGGCGGUAUGCAAAUCUUUGUUAAGACAUUGACUGGUAAAACGAUCACCUUGGAAGUUGAGUCUUCCGACACGAUCGACAAUGUCAAGGCCAAGAUCCAAGACAAAGAAGGCAUUCCUCCAGACCAGCAGCGUUUGAUCUUUGCCGGCAAGCAGCUUGAAGAUGGGCGAACUCUUGCGGAUUACAACAUCCAGAAAGAGUCCACUCUUCAUCUUGUCCUCCGACUCCGGGGUGGUAUGCAGAUUUUUGUCAAGACCCUUACCGGUAAAACCAUAACGUUGGAAGUCGAGUCAUCAGACACGAUCGAUAAUGUGAAGGCCAAAAUUCAAGACAAGGAAGGCAUUCCCCCCGACCAACAGCGUCUGAUCUUCGCCGGGAAACAACUUGAAGAUGGUCGAACCCUUGCGGACUACAACAUCCAGAAAGAGUCCACUCUCCACUUGGUGCUUCGACUUCGUGGUGGAAUGCAAAUCUUUGUCAAGACGCUUACAGGCAAAACCAUUACUCUCGAGGUUGAAUCUUCUGAUACCAUCGACAACGUCAAAGCUAAAAUCCAAGACAAGGAGGGUAUUCCCCCAGAUCAACAACGUCUCAUUUUUGCCGGGAAACAACUCGAAGACGGGCGCACUCUGGCUGACUACAACAUUCAAAAAGAGUCAACCCUCCAUUUGGUUCUUCGUCUUCGAGGAGGGAUGCAAAUUUUUGUCAAGACCUUGACAGGCAAAACCAUUACUCUCGAGGUUGAAUCUUCCGAUACCAUCGACAACGUGAAGGCAAAGAUUCAAGACAAGGAAGGGAUUCCCCCGGACCAACAGCGUCUCAUUUUUGCUGGGAAACAACUUGAGGACGGGCGUACUCUGGCUGACUACAACAUUCAGAAAGAAUCAACCCUUCAUUUGGUUCUUCGUCUUCGAGGAGGGAUGCAAAUCUUUGUCAAGACAUUAACUGGCAAGACCAUCACGUUGGAGGUUGAGUCGUCCGAUACAAUUGACAACGUAAAGGCCAAGAUCCAAGACAAGGAGGGCAUCCCUCCGGAUCAACAGCGUCUUAUCUUUGCCGGCAAGCAGCUUGAAGACGGUCGCACCCUUGCCGACUACAACAUCCAGAAGGAAUCAACUCUCCACUUGGUUCUGCGUCUCCGUGGAGGUAUAUAGUUUGAUAUGCACAGCCGGCCCUCAU